GCAGCGCCGUGGUUCGCUCCGCAGCGCCACGGCCACCAUAUCCGUCGCACCUUCAUCGCCUCCGCGUCAUCGGAUUCAUGGCCCCCCUAUGGCCUCAAUAGGUCAACCCCCACCACACACCCCUUCCGCAACAACAUCGGACCAGAGUGAUCAACAUGCAAAAGUUCACCCGGCACCAGGAGGGCUCGAACGAUUGCCGACGAAAAGUGAGCUCACUGACGCCGCCGUGGACGGCGGAGGGCUCCGUCCGGCUUCGCUCUCGAUUCCGCAGCCGAUCGAGACACCCCCACUUCUGCCGCAACCGUCUGGGUCGAUUCGAUCGGGUCGGGGACUUAUCCCAGUUGGCCACCAGGGGUCAUCCUCUUUUCUCAAGUCCAUCAUGGUCAAGGGUUUCGCACAAGCUGGAUCGUCCGGUCAUGUUCGCGGUGCAUUCACGUCGAUGCGAGAAAGCAUGAGCCGAAAGAGAGAGUCCAUCGGGCGGCACCAACCACUGGAAGCUGAUAAUCCGUUCUCCAUGCCGCCUACGCUGGUACGGAAGCCUUCGUCGAAUGAGAAACAUGAAGGCAGCAUUCGCCGCCACAUCGUGAGGAUGUCCACUAUGCGCAAUGCAGUAUCGCACGCCCUAGUUGGUGGUGACAGCAGCUCGUCCAACUUGAAGAGCCAGAACGAAGGGAAUCAUUCGUCGCGCCGCCUACCGCUUCGCCGCCCGAGCCAUGGCGUGGUGCGCCAGGAGUCGUUUCCAUAUGCCCACAAAGGCCCGGUAGUUGUUCCAGAUGCCCCCGACCGCGUCGACAUCGCUGCCGCGGCAAAGAGUUCGGCCACUCGAACGAGUACGACUGCUCGAGCAGUCGUGCUUCCCCAGAUCGUGGGCCACAACAUGGACUCGGCAGCGAAAUCGUUUAUGAUAAGCUCCAAGCUCAAGCGAAAAGCGCAGCUCAUUCGCAAGGCAAGGCGGGAGACGUGGCACAACAAACAGCUCGAGGUGCAGGGAAUUCUCCAGCGUCACAAAAAAGUCUUGCAGCAGUACAACAUCCGCACCGUCAAGGCCGAGGAAGUCGACGAAAUCACGCCGGUGCUGGUGGGGUGGUCGCAGCGGCUCCUCAUCCUACCCACGUACGGCUGGUACAAGGUGUGGCAACUGAUGACACUCGUGAUCGUGCUGCACCAAAGCGUGUACAUCCCGUACUCGCUGUCGUUCGAAGCGUCCAACGACACGCCAGCGACGGGCACACCGCUCACGAAUUUCGUCAUGAUUGUGUUUUGCCUCGACAUGAUGUUCAACUUUAACACGGCGAUCGCGGACACGGAAAACCCUGACAUCCUCAUCACGAAUCGAUGGACGAUUGCCAAGGCAUACCUGAAAGGAUGGUUCUUGCUCGACUUGCUCGCGUGUUUGCCCAUCGACUUGAUUGUGGACUUGGUGCUGCGCAACAAGUCAGAAGGGUCGACGUCGUCGUCGUCGUUUACAAACAACCUCAACAUUUUUGCUCUGCUCAAGGUCGUGCGGCUCCCGAGACUGUUUCGGCUCGCUCGAUUUGUCCGCAUCCUUCGCCUCUUGCGCAUCCCACCAGAGCUCAAGCGGUGGCUGCUCUACUCUCGCUACGCGCACUUGAUUCGCGUCGUCCAGCUCAUCGUGUCGUUUUUAUAUUGCACCCACAUCCUCAACUGUGUCUGGAACUCGCUCAACCCGGAGUGGGUCGACGAUGUAUUUCCCGAGAGCAUCGUCACCAAUACGUAUGUGCUCGGGUUUUACUACACCCUGACGACGCUCAUGGGGCAAAGCGUCCCCCUCCGCACGGAAAUGGAGUACACGUUUUCGUGUCUUGUCGUGGUUGUUGGCGCGCUGCUCAUGGCCAUGGUGUUCGGGAACGUAUCCGAUUUAAUCUCCAACUUUAACGAGAGCCCCAACAACUACAGGAAGAAGAUGGAACAGCUCCUGUCGAGCAUGAACUUGAUGCGAUUGCCAUUGGAUCUGCAGAACCGCAUCAACGAGUACUACCAAGUCAUGUGGGAGCGCCACGGCACGCUCGACGGCCAGCCCCUUAUGUUUACGAACGAACUGUCCAAGAACUUGGCCGUCGAAGUCGAGCUGUUUGUCCGCAUGGACAUGAUCAACCGCGUCCCAGUGUUCCAAAAGUGCUCCAAGAAGGUUGUGCAAGACCUCGUCAUGAAUUUGGAGCUCCAAGUGUACUUACCUGGCGACUACAUCGUCGUCAAGGGCGAGGUCGGCAUGGACAUGUACUUUGUCCAAAACGGCGAGUGCGAAGUCACCAAGCCGUCGACGACUGGUUUCGGAAAUGACGAAAUCCUCAAGAAACUCACACAGGGCGACUACUUUGGCGAGAUUGCACUCCUCAUGAACUGCAAACGCACGGCAAACGUCCGCGCGGUCACGUUUGCCGAGUUGUGCGUGCUCAGCCGGACCGUAUUCGAGCAAAUCACCGACAAAUAUGCCGAAGACCGCGAAAAGAUUGAAACAUUUAUCACGGAAAUGUAUGACCCGAAGGUCCUGGACGCGAUCAUGAAGCAGCAGGCACUGGACAACCCCGAAAAGUCAUUCCACGCCAGAAUGUCCAAGCAAGUUGCCGACAUCAUCGACUUCAUGGAGGACUCGGCGGCGCGCAUGGAACGGCUCGAGUUGAUGAUGGAGACGCUGUUGGGGUUGUCGAACCCAUCCCAUCUCGCCUCUAGCGCGUCACAGCACGCAAUGCAGAGAGAACUGACGGAAUCGACGUCGUCGCUGAUGUCGACCACAUCUCAACGACGACGCAGCUCGUUUGAGACGAACAAAGACAUGCGGAAAACCAUCCAAGAAGUGUCCACUGUGCUGGAGGACCAAGAGCGAUUGCACAACAAGGACACGACCUCGUGAUGGACACCUCGCACCACCACGCCUACCACUGCCGCACCCUCGACCUCUAUGAACGGACUGACGUCCCAUCGUAUAAUCGUUAACGUUAAGUUAUUUUGAUUGGA